UUCGCGAAGCUGCUUUGCGUUCCUGGCACAGAGUACCUGCUUGCGCCAGCCAUCUCUUGAGUGCACUUGGCUCGUCCCUUAUCUCAGUCCUGCUCUCCACGGCGGAGCCCUUUCCAGAGCUAGAACUGCAAAGCCUGUUUUCAGGGCAAUCGGGGGUUAUUUGUCUGUGUUGUGUUGGUAAUCUGAUCUCCUGGACGGGCACUUGUUGUUUUUUUCUCCCCCCCCCCCCUUCCCUCCGUGCGCCCUGCGCUCCCAGAGAGAGCCUUCCUCCUGCUUAAACUGCUUCCCCCCGCAGCGUUUCCAAGGCUGCAGAGGCGCCCACCCAGGCUUAGGGACAACUCUAGAGACUUUUUUUACACAGCGCCCAUCACCAUCAGGGAGCAAGGCAACAUCUACAAGCCCAACAACAAGGUCAUGGCAGAUGAAAUGCACGAGAAGGAGUUCCAUGACGUUCACACCAAAGAGAUUGACCUGGUCGAUCGAGACCCCAAGCAUCUCAACGACGAUGUGGUCAAGAUUGAUUUCGAAGAUGUGAUUGCCGAACCUGAGGGAACCCAUAGUUUCGAUGGGGUCUGGAAGGCAAGCUUCACUACCUUCACUGUGACAAAAUACUGGUUUUAUCGCUUACUGUCUGCCCUCUUUGGCAUCCCCCUGGCUCUCAUCUGGGGCAUCUACUUUGCCAUCCUGUCCUUCCUCCACAUCUGGGCAGUGGUGCCCUGCAUCAGAAGCUACUUGAUUGAGAUCCAGUGCAUCGGCCGAGUCUAUUCUAUCUGCAUCCACACCUUCUGCAAUCCACUCUACGAGGCUAUUGGGAAAAUGUUCAGCUCCAUCAGAGCAACAGUACGGAAAGAAGCAUAACUGACGUUUCGAGGAGCCUGAAGAGAGGGUCUUCUCCCCUCCCCUCCAUUUUUGUGUGUGUGCCAGUCCCAAGGCUAGAUCAACGAUGAACAAAGCAACUGGCACAUGUCAUCUGAUGAAGCAACCAACCUGAGUGCAGCAAAGAAUCACUUGCCCAAAUUUCCUUCCUACUUAAUCUCUCCUGGAAUUAUAUCUUCCCUUCUUUUUUCAGGAGGGAGGCUGAUCUGCAAAUUUUUUUUUUUUUUUAGGCCAAAUUGCUGCUCUCCCAUUCCUAGCCUAGCUGCCUAUUGUUUUGCUGACCCUUUGACGAACUGACUCAUGUUCUGCUUACCCUUUCCGUUCAUUUGUUGCAAGUUCAGUUCACAACGCUAUAAAAUAAAGAGCCGAAACAUUGCUUGCCAGCGCUAUAAUGCUGCUCUUGAUUUUAUUGUGCGCGACAAAAAAAAUAAAAAGGAUCUAAAAGCUAUUGCAGCAUAAUGGACGUGACAAACUGGCAGAUUUUAAAAGAAUGUUCUUUUUUCAGUUCUAUUGUCUGUCGACUGUAGUGCUUUACUGUAGUGGGCCAUAUCUAACUGCUACACACAGAUAGAUCUAAGUACAAAUAACUAAUAUAUAUGGUGAAGAGAGAGACACACAGAGAGAAACCAAAUGUUUUUAGGAUAGCGCCUUCAACCCAGGCAACUAUUCCUGCCCACAAGAUGCUACAGCUGUUGCUUCACCUUUGAUUUGAUUUGUGGUUCCUCCUGAAAGAUUCAUUGCCGAUCUUUGUUGCAUGUCACUAAAAGGAGUACACAAGGAGCCACCUUAGUGCCUUUGAAUAUGGAAUCAUUCGUCUAACCCAGUGGCAUGAACUCCAUAUUGGUGGUUCUUGCAUGUGACACUCUAGAUCUGCCCGGGAUCGAAUGUGCAGCUUCGCAGGAAUGCACCACACCUGCUUUAUCAUCAAGGUGUGGUUCCGGCUGAUGUCAAUAGCCAAGGUCAGAAUCCAAGCCAGAAAUGCAUUGUGGAUUUAUUUUCUGGAACCGGGGUCCCCAUGUAAAACCAGGAAAUGCUCUGCGGCGCUACCUGUACCGGAGGAUAAUUUGUCGCCCAAGCUACUACGAACUGCAUGCCACAGUACUAUCUGCGGCAACACGUGCAAGAAAAGGUUCCAAGGGGAUAUGCCAACAUUACAGCAGAGGGACGAGGUGUGUCCAGCUCCUGCAGCCAUGACAACUACGAACUGGGUUUGCAAGGGUGUUUUGGUUUGGUUUGUUCGCUUGUACAAGGGGCUCUCUUUGAAAUCCCCUCCUCAGCCAAGGUCAGCAUGUUGCUGGUACAUUCACGCUUUGCUUACUUCACACUAAUCCACUGCAAGAGUGAGUGGCUUUAGCAUUAUGUACUACAUUGUGAUUCCCCACUCCCUCCCCCCCCCUCCUAAGCUGAGCUGUACACACCAAUCAGGAAGUCUUCAUGGAGGUAAUUUGUGUGAAAUUGUCAGUGACAAAAAAAAGAAAUAAAUCAGAAAUAAAGCCUCUGCAACAUGAUGUCGUGCUAUGACCAGCUUGGAGAUUUUGCCCUCACUGUAAAUGUUAACUGUGGUGAGAAGGUAUCUUAUUCAGCCUUGCAAGAAAUCUGUUUGUUGCUGCUGCUGCUGCUUUUUUUUAAAAAAAAAAAAUAGCUGUGAGGUAGAGUUAACUGGGAUAAACUUCCUUAAGUAUCCAAACUGAGGAAUUCUAAGGCCUGAGCUUACUUUUGCUGGGGGUCAUUCCCAGUGAAUGGCUUGUUUGCAACCUUGCAUAAAGUCUGUAGCAACUUCCAGAUGGCAGCCAAGCAUUAUUAGCGAUAAUACCUUGCAUAGUUCUUGGCACAAUGUGAAAGCUUCAACAUUAAAAAAAGCAGUGCAGUCCUAAACAUGUUACUUAGGAGAUGGGCCCCGCUUCGUUCAUUGGGAUCGAGACAUUCCACUGCUGAAAGUGGAGUCCAAAUCUCACCUCCUGGCCAGCCCUGCUAAGGCCAACUCUUGCUGCAGACGCCAGUCCCUACCUUUGCUUAUCUCCCAACCCAGUGUGUCAUUUGAAUCGGAUUCCAUCUCCCAUCAGCCCCGGCCAGUAUGGCCAAUGGCCAGGGAUGCUGGGAGUUGAAGCCCAGCAACACCAUGAAGCAGGGGGGCCAACUUGAAUAAAAUAUUGGGGGGCACAGGUAAGCCUCACCCUGCAUAAUCAAUCACAUGCACACAUAUUAUUUGAAUGGCAAUCCCUAUCAACUUGGGCGGGGGCUGAAGACCCCACAGCUCCUAGGAAUUGGCUCCUAUGUCAUGAAGACACCAUGCCGGCUAUCGUUGCUCAGCCAAUGUGGUGUCCAUUUUAUCACACAAUGGACGCAUCUCUUCAUCUUUCCAAAAGGCAAUUAUUCCUGCUUGAAGGAAAUCACAUUUCCCCAGCACUCAACCAGGAAUAUUCUGUUGCUGGGGAAAUGCAGUUCUUUCUCAGACAAGCAAGUUUAUUGCAGUAAGGGGACGUUCAAGUUUUGUGACAGGAAACACUAUUUUAGUAGCUUUUUAAAAGAGCCUUACAUUUACCGGGUAGUUUUCAUUUUUACACAACCUUGAGCUCGUUCCCACUGUUAUUUAAACAGUGGAAUUCGCUUUGUCCUUUUAACAUAAAAUCAGUGAGUAGUGCACUAGGAAAGGUGCUGUUCCUCCAACAGAUGCUGUGCCAUUUCAUCACCUGGAAAAGACUGAGGCUGCAAUCUCAACUCUUGUUUUCCUGGAAGGAAGCCCCAAUGUAUUCAAUAGGACUUAACUUCUGAGUAGACAUGGUCAGGAUUGUACUGUUGGUGGUUGGAUACUAUGGCUCCAAUCCUGUACCCACUUACUCAGGAGCAACCCCACUGAACUCGGUGCAACUACUACAUGUAGAGGACUGUCCUGUGAUGCCCAAGCCAACUUGCAUCAGGUUGCAAGGAUGCUAAAGCUUCUACGUAUUUAGAUGCAUUUUGCUCAUGAAGGCCCAGGCUGUGCUUGUUUGCCACAAAAACCUUGUUAAGUUGGCAGCGGCAGAGAAAACAUAGUCAACUUUUACUCAGGAUGCAAGUCACUGCUGAAGCCAAUGAGAAAAUGCCAAUGAAUUUCCAGUAAUACUAAAUAACGUCUGCAGAGUUGUUUUAACAGGUCUAUAAAAAUUAGGAAGAGCUUUUGAGGGAUCCCUUAUUUUUAGCACAUAAAUUGCAAGCCUAGUAGCUAUUUCUCUCUUCUUGCAUUUAAAACAAACACUGGUCUUGCUAUAGUUUUACAUUUUUACUAUGUACAUAAGCGAGAGUGUACUAUUAGAUAUAUAUUUUUGCAGUAUUGAGACACACCUUUGGUGAUAAUGAAAACAAGAUCUUAUUUGGUCUUUACCUAAGGAAAAUCACUUUGAAAUCGAUUGCAUAAACUGUGUACCCAGAAAAAGUUCCCAAAUGAAAUACAUUGCUGAUCCAAGAUAUUUACAUAGCUAUUGUAUGCUUACAAAGUAUAAUAACUGACACAUAUUUUUUUUAAUUCUGCAUGUUCUACAGCCAAGGCUACAACCUGCACAAUAAAAGCAGUUU